CCUACUUCUUGUUGGGCCUAAACCUGGGCUAAUUCUUAUAUCAUUUCUGCAGCCCGAGGAUGUGUGGGCUCAUAAGGCAAACCAUGCGGUCCACGUGGCACACCUCCUCCUACACGUCUCCCGCUCUCUGCAUAUAUACAAGAGAGAUACAAGAGAGAAGAACCAGAAAGAGAGUAGGAUGGGUUCUUCUUCAGUGAAUGGAAUGAUGCUGUGGGAGAAUGAAGGAAAAGAGGCCAUCAAUGUUUUUAGGUUGUCUGAUGUUAAAUCAUUAGACAAAUUGGAUUUCGAGAGCUGGAUGGAAUGGAAAAGUAGCUUGCAGCUCAUACUUGCUCUGAUGGACUUGGAGCUUGCUCUCAAUGAAGCCAAACCCCCCAUGCCUACCGUGAAUAGCUCCCCUGAAGAUAGAGCAAAGUAUGAAAAAUGGGAGAGGAGUAACCGGCUAAGCCUCAUGAUCAUGAAGCACAAAAUUUCUAGUAGCAUUCGCAGUCUAGUACCCGGGUCGGGCACUGCUAGACAAUACUUGGCUCGUCUUGAAAUCAUGUUCAUACGCAUUGCAAAGGCCGAUGCAGCUCCGUUACUAAACAAGUUAGCAAACAUGAAAUAUGAUGGCCAAGGGAAUGUGCGUGAUCACAUUGCCAACAUGUCGGGUCUGGCUGCGAGGGUUAAGGCUGGAGGUAUCGAUAUCCCUGAAUUUUUCGUUGUGCAACUUGUCCUGGAUUCUCUUCCUCCUCAAUAUGAACGGUUCCAAGCUUCAUAUGAAGUGAAUUGGGGACUAGAGGAACUUUUGUGUAUGUGUGGGCAAGAGGAGGAAUUCGUUCGGCUUGAAAAUUCUGAAAGGAAGAUCUCUGCUAUUCCGGGUCUUGGUCCAAAUAAUGAAAAGAAGUUUUACUUUCUUUUCACUCCAGGAUCGUGCGGCUUCAAAAAGAAGGCAAUCCAAAAGAAGGUGAUCCUUAGCUUCUCCUUUUUUGUCUUACUUGGUUUAAGCCAUGUUUGGAAUGACUUAUCAGAAGUUAAGUACUCUUUUUGUUAAGCAAAAUAAGUUGAC